CUGAUAUUAUUGCGCAAUGGGGAUACAAAGCCUCUACAGUAUGCUGCAAACGCAGCAUACAUCUCAGCUCUUUUUGCGGGAUAUCUUAAAUCCCAAGGUAUCCCAGCUUGGACUUGUGGCUCUGAUAACAUAAUGCUUGAAAACCUGCAAGCAUUUUCGGCAUCCCAGGUUGACUACAUAUUGGGCGUCAACCCUAAAAAGCUUAGUUAUGUUGUUGGGUAUGGCAGUAGGUUUCCCACCCACGUGCACCAUAGAGGUGCAUCCAUCCCCAAUGAUGGGGCAUCCUAUGGCUGCACAGAAGGUUUCAAGUGGCGAGACACUUCCAGCCCCAACCCGCACAAUAUCACUGGUGCAAUGGUUGGUGGCCCAGACAACUUGGACAGAUAUCGUGACAUAAGAGCCAGAAAAGACAGUGCAGAACCAACUCUGAUGGGAAAUGCUGGACUCGUUGCAGCAUUAGCUGCUCUGUCAGUCAAUGGUGACUUGGUGUGGAUGUGGAUGCUAUUUUCUCUGAACUCAAACCAUUGACUCCAUCACCACCGCCUCCACCCUCUCCUUGGAAUCCAUUCCAUGGAUAAACGAGGAACACCCGAAGCAGUUCUUGUGGUGCAUUAGAAGCACUAAAAUGGCAUUAGAAGACAAGAACCUGCAAACUUGAUGCAGACAAGAACCUGAAGAUCCUAAUGCUGCUAAAAAUGAAGUGAAAGCUACCUGAUGAAAAAGCUUCGGGUGAUGAAUCAUUUUAACAAUUUAGUUAUUCUAGAAGUUUAUCUUGUAUUUAUCCUUCAAGGCAUGGUUGGUUGCCAAAAACUCAAAUCAUUAGCCUCUGUGAGUUUAGAUUCUGUUCAUGGAAGUAAUGCGUGCAUUGCUCGGAACCAGAUUGUAAUAUUUUCAAAGUAUACUCAGAUGUUCAGGUCAUAAAGCUGUUUGUUUAA